AUGAAACGAAAUUUCUUGAAUUAUUUAUUACUUGUUUUCUGUCAACAAGUGUGGCAAAUCGUCGGAAUCGCAAGAGAGUUCAAUGAAUUUAUUUCAGACCCCAUUAAUUUUUCUGCCAAGGAUAGCAAAGUAAUACAAAAUACUGAGUUGCCAGUGGUAAUAGACGAGGUAUCAGUAGCGUUACGACUGAAUAUUCUGAAUAAUCAUCCCAAUUGGGCUUGUGUUUUUCAUAAAGGCGAAGCAGACACUUCCCGUACACCUUCACUCUGGCUAACACCAAACAAUUCAGCACCACAUGCCCGCUUCUCGACAAUCGAUAACUGGAAUUUAGGAAUCGACUCGGUCGACGGAAUCUGGAAUGGAUUCCAGAGCAUCCAACAAGUCCAAACGGACAAAAUCAUAUUCAAUAAUGGACCCCUGCGCAUCGGAAAUGAUACCUUCUGGGAUGGGAUCACUGGCCAAAUAAGUAAUUUUCGUUACUACAACUGGCGUUUAUCUGCUGAAGAGGUGAAAGGAGAAUAUUUGAACCAAUCAACUAUAUCAACUAUAUCAACUAUACCAACUACGCAAACGCAAAUACCAACCGAUUCUAUUACAUCAAGUAAUAAUGUUGCUAAAUCUAACGAUACUGCAAUUAUGGUUGGUAUAGGUGUAGGUGCUUCUCUUGGUG